UUGAAGGAAAAAUAAAGAAAUUAACAAGAAUAAUAGAAGACGAGGCAAGAUGCCCUAAAUUUCGAAGGCAGGAAUCUCUGUGAUAUGAUUAAUCCGAAAGAUCAUUAAAAAAAGAAACGCAGAUUACGCGGAAGUAAUAAACUAUAAUAGGUGCUAAAAAACCGAAAACACAAAACAAAUGCGAAAACCAGAAUAAAAGGUUCGCAACAAUGGAAUCCGUUGAAGAAUCAUCUCCAUCUUCAUCAAUUGAAAAUCCGCCAUUAACGAAAAGCGACAAUUACUCAGUGGAGAAGGCAUUGAAAAGCUUGGAGCAAACAAAUCCAUGGAUCCAACAAGCUAUACAGCAAGCAGUGAUUGCUCAGAAGACCGUCGAACAAACCUUCGAUUCCACCAUUUCUGCCGCUCAUUCUCGCUUCUCUAGGUUUCGUUCCACCGGUUCCGCUCAUUUCCAGCAAACAAUUGAGUCAGUUAAGGAUGUGAAGGCAGAAUUUGAUGUUUAUGAAGCUAAAUUCUUUGCCAAAGUUAAAGAGGGUGCAUUUAUGGCGGCUUCGCAUCCGUUUAUUGCUACUGGAGCUGCUACUGGUUUGGGGUUUUUGGCACUAAAAGGACCAAGGCGUUUCUUGUAUUAUAGAACUUUGCGGCUAUUUUCUACCGAAGAGGCCUUGCUUGCUCGAGCUGAUGCCAAAGUGAAGGAGCUGAAGCAAUCGUUUCAAAGCUUCAAGGCUGAAACUGAAAAGUUAGAGAAAAGGGCAUCAAUGGCAGAGGAGGAGAUGAAAAGAGGAAGAACUAAACUGAGACAUGCAGGAAAUCAGAUUAGGAAAGCUGUUCUAUCUGCUGAUAAGAUUGACAAACAAGCAAGGGGCCUGAAGGACAUCCUUGCAGACCUUCCUAGCGCAGAAUCAUCUCGAUUCAAUUCACAGAUCAAGAAAGUAGUUGCUGAGGCGAAUCAGGAGCGGAAAGUACUUGCAAAGGAGGUCACAAAGAUAAGCAAUUAUGGGAUCUCCAUAUGAAAGCUCUUUCUACGUUGUCGAAUGUGACUGCUUGUGAAUAAAAUUGUCAGGAGGAUCGGAUUGAGUGAGAGAUCAGUUCCUCAUGUCUCCUGCUUCUUCCGCCUUAUAUCUUUUGGAAGUAAAGGUCCAGUUGAUUACUGAAAUUUUGUGUCAGAGAAUAUUGUACCAAUUGUUCAACUAAGAGAUUAGGAUUUGCUUAAGAUUCUGAACUUCCUUAAAAAGUAGCAAGUCUGUGCUAAUGUUGCGAGUUGCAACUAUACGCGGACAACAUUAAUUUUAUGUGAGACGCUAAGAUUGCGCACUAACAUUGGGUCAGUGACCCAUGAUAGAUUUCUUUGUGUCCGUACAUGGCACCUCCAGAUUUUUUUUUUUUGGCAAAGGACACAACAACAAUUUGGAAUAAGUUCAAGUUUUUAGCUACUUUUGGUUAAUAUAACAAUUUCUUUUAGCUACUA